CAUUUUCAAAAAUAAAUAAAUAAAUAAAUUUGUGGAUAAGGUGAUCCAAUCUCACAACUUACAAGCAGGAGUGAUUCGUCCCUCCAUCCACCUUGCAAAAAUACCUCAAAAAACUAUACACUCAGAAAAACGAAAAGGUAACUCAUUGUACCGCACAGAAAAAGAUAGAAAGAAAGGAAUAUGGAAGUGGUUAUGUCAUUGAAUCCACUGGUUAAAUUACCCCUUUUAAAUUCAAGAACCCAUGAAGAUUUUUCAAUGCUUAAACAUUCACUAUUCUCCACAAGAACAGCAACAACAAUGACUCAGAAAAGAAGACUGUUAGUGGUUGAAGCAAAAGGAAAGAAAGGGGGAAUGGCAGCCCGUCAGUACCAGCGAAUGGCUCCUCCUAUGCCAAAGAUUGAAGAUGAUGGCAACCCCAAAUUCAUUAUCUUUAUCCGCAUGGCUAAUGUUUAUCUUUGGUACCCCCUCAAUAUCGUAACAGGUGGUACAACUGCAAAAAUUAUGGUUGCUGCAAAAGACAACUUUCUUGGGAAAUAUAUAUACAAAGAUACUCUAGCUAGGAAUCUUGCAGCAGUGAUUUACAAUGAUGAAAAGGAAAUACAGAAAUUGGCAAUGAAACAGCAUCGUGUAUUGAAGUCCGCGACAGAAUUUAGAUAUGGAUACAAACUUGUGGAGAAUAAUAAUUUGAGAGCUGCCCUUUCUACCUCAGAUGUGAUUGAGCUUCCCACCCCAGAUAAGCUUAAAACGGUUGUUGAUAAGGUGAAGGACUUUUUUGGAGAUGCUAAGGAGUCAUUUGGUAAGCUGACAGCCCUUCCAACGUCGGAGUCAUCAGUGGAAGAUUCACCAAAAGAAGGAUCCAAAGAUAAAGACCACGGCCAAGAACUGAAAAUGACCUCCCAUAGACGAGGAAACUGAGGAACUAUACUUCAAAGAAUACUUGCUAAACAAAAGGUUUUCACCCCUUGAUUUUCCAUGCUUUGGAUUGAUUGGACUGUAAUGUACUCAGAUAAACUGUACUCGAAUUUUUUGUUAAAUAACCUCAAUUUGGUUAGAUAAAUGCAUCAGUAAGUUUUUUGUUAA